CCUGGUAGAGUCAAUCCGUAUUUUCUUGUUCAGGAACUGUCCGGAGAACAGUCUGCUGUUGCUGUCAACAACAGGCUGGGUGGUAAGGCAAGACAAGACAGACUGACAGCGAUAUCCAAAGGACUGAGAACUCUGACAGCAUUCCCCCCUUUGUCAUACACGCUGCGUCAUCCUCUGGCAGUACAUUUGCGACUUCAGUUCUUUCUUGUCGCUGGAAAAUGAACUCCGCAAACGGCCAUUGAGGACCAUGGGUUCACAACACCCAGUAUAGCCCCAUGCAGACAGACCCUCAUGCUGGGGUGGACCGAAUACUCACGGUAAGCUGCUCCAUUGUGUUACCUGGGACAUGACAAGGAACUGGUCCUCAGGCUCUGAGCCUCUGGGAUCUGCGCGAUGACCAGUCGGCAGGGCGGCCAUGCCGAGAGACAGCCGCCGCCGCCGCCGUCCGCCUCGCGCCUGCCCGCAGCGGCCAAGCUGCAGGUCCAGCACCCCUUGUCCCGCGACAACAUCACCAUCCACUUCUCCGCUCUCGGCAAGGGGGAAGAGGAGGAGGAGGAAGAGCUGUACGGGACGGCGGCCCCUUCCUCCACUCCCGCCGCCGCGCUGGCAGGUAAAGUGGACGACGGGAGCAGGGUCGCCGAGGCUCAGGAGGCCAGCGAGGGCCUGGGGUACGGAGACGGCGCCACCUCCAUGACCGGCCCCACCGUGAUUCCCAUGUUCUCCUCCUCCUCCACCGUGAGCCUCCCCUCGGCGUCGUCCUGCCCACAGGACCUGGGCCCGGCGCAGCCCCUCACAUCCUCCGGCUCGUCCUCCGGCUCCGCGGCCAAGGGAGCGGCCGCUACCCCGGCUCCGGCCUCUGCUGCUGCGCCCAAGAGCUCCUCACCCUCCCGGUCCAUCACCCUCCCCUCCGCUGACAAGCCCUUCCUCCAGCUCAUCAAGUCCCUGUCCUCGGACCUGGAGCCACGGGACGGCAUGCGCCACCGCCAGAUCAUGAAGAACAUCGUCAAGUCCCUGUCCAGCGACAACUCCUCCUCCUCCUCUUCGCAGGACGCCUCGGCGUCCUUCCGCCUGCCGGACUCGCGCCUCAAUCUGCAGCUCUUCAAGCCGUUUUCACAGCCCCGCGUGACUACAGGGGCCUCGUCGUCGUCGACGUCGUCGUCAGCGGCGACGGGCGACUCCAAGACCGCGCCGUCGUCCCCGCUCACCUCGCCGGAGAGCCGCUUCUCGUUAGCGGAGGUGGAGGCGCGCAUCGAGGACACCAAGCGCCGCUGGUCCGAGGCCAUGUACGAGCCCCUGCAGCGGCUGAGCAAGAUCAUGGGCGACGAGAGCGGCGCCGGCCUCUACCGGCCCAAGGGCCUGUCCACUAGUGCCUCGGAGCUCUCCAGUCUGGCUGGCCUCAACGGCCACCUGGAGAGCAACAACAACAACUACAGCAUCAAGGAGGAGGAGGCCGACGACUCGGACGGGGAGGGGACGGCCAGCGCCGUGUCCGCCGCCGAGUCGCCCUUGGCCUUCGAGAAGUGCUCCAUGUCGGCCCUGGCCAGGCAAGAGGACGAGGAGUUCUGCGAGCUGUACAGCGAGGACUUCGACUUCGCCACGGACAACGAGAACGAGACGGACGCCGAGCGCACAAGCGACUCCGCGGCCAGGGGCAGGAGCAGGGGCGCCCACCUGGCAAACACAGACCCCUACAGCGACGACGAGCAGGAGGGAAUCCAGCCGGCCCCGAGCGUCCCCCUCACGACCCUGUUUGCACUGACCCUCCUCACCUACGGCUAUUUCGUGGUGCCCCUGCCCGACUAUGUGGGCACGAUGGUGGUCGGGAUGGUUCUGGGGUUCAUGGUGACCAUCGGAGCCGUCUGGCUGGCUGGACCGAAGCAAUCCGGAGGGCCGCCUGGACGCAGAAGGAGCAGGAAGGAGAUGUGGAGCUCGGCACAGCUGGACAUCAAAGAGCCAGGGAUGUUUAAGGGCUGGAUGAACGAGAUCCAGAGCUACGACCCGGAGACGUACCACGCCACGCUGACCCACUCGGUGUUCGUGCGGCUGGAGGGCUCCACGCUGCGCCUCUCCCGGCCCAACCGCAACAUCGCCCGCCGCGUCACCAUCAACGAGUCCAAGCCCGACGUCACGUACGUCAGCCAGAAGAUCUACGACCUCACUGACAGCAAGAUCCAGCUGGUGCCCCAGAACCUGGCCAGGAAGCGGGUGUGGAAUAAGAAGUACCCCAUCUGCAUCGAGCUGGGCAAGCAGGACGACUUCAUGUCCAAGGCCGAGGGCGAGCCGGACGAGGAGCGGACCAACUUCCUGACGGACAGGUCAGAGGUCACCACAGGAGCGGAGGAGGUCAAGAGGCCCGGUCAGGAGACCGGGCGGCUGUCUUCGGGGUCCAAGAGCAACGUGCCGACGCUGUACCUGUUUGGGAGGACGGGGCGCGAGAAGGAGGAGUGGUUCCAGAAGCUUCUGCAGGCCUCCAGGCUGAAGGCGGAGAUGGCCAGGAAGGCGUCCAGCCUGCCCCUGAGUAAGAGCGCAGCCAACCUGACCUCCCACAGUCGCAGCAGCAGCCGCAGCAGUCUGGACGAGCUGCUGUCCGCUGUCCAGCCGCGGCAGAAGGACGGCUCCGGCCCGUCUCCGUCUCCGGUGCCGCCCCGCCCGCGGCCCCAGCUGGACUACAGUGUGUACAUGUCCCGCUGCAUGCCCUCGCAGGACCAGCCUCAGCAGCAGAUGGCCAGUCCGGUGUCCGGCAGCCCCCAGCAGAGCCCACACAGCAGCCCAGGGGCCAGCAAGAAGCUGCCAGGGAGCCUGAAGAAGGAGGAGGAGUCUGUGGCCUGGGUGAACGCCCUGGUGGGCCGCGUGGCCUGGGACUUCCUGGGGGAGAAGUACUGGGUCGACUGGGUCUCCAAGAAGAUCCAGAUGAAGCUGAGUAAGAUCAGGUUGCCGUACUUCAUGAACGAGCUGACGCUGACUGAGCUGGACAUGGGCUUCUCCACUCCCAGAAUCCUCCAGGCCUCCAAGCCCUCGGUCGACCACCAAGGUCUGUGGUUUGACCUGGAGGUUUCCUACAAGGGCUCUUUCCUCAUGACGCUGGAGACCAAGAUGAACCUGGCCCGGCUGGGCAAGGAGGGAGACGGCUUUGGAGAGUUCGGCAAGGAUGGCUCCAGACCACGAGCCUACUGCCUGGCAGACAGUGAUGAGGAGUCCUCCAGCGCGGGCUCGUCUGAUGAAGAGGACCCCCCUGAGCUGACGGCUGACCAGACGCUUGGAGCUGAAGGGUUUGUGGGAGGCCACAAGCACAGUAAGAUCAUGCGCUUCGUGGACAAGAUCACCAAGUCCAAGUACUUCCAGAAAGCCACGGAGACGGAGUUCAUUAAGAAGAAGAUGGAGGAGGUGUCCAACACACCGCUGCUGCUCACUGUGGAGGUGCAGGAGUGCCGGGGGACGCUGGCCGUCAACAUUCCCCCACCCCCCACCGACAGGAUAUGGUAUGGUUUCCGCACCCCUCCACAGCUGGACCUGAGGGCACGGCCCAAACUGGGAGAGAGGGAGGUCACGUUUGCACACGUCACCGACUGGAUCGAGAAGAAACUCUACCAGGAGUUCCAGAAAAUCCUGGUGAUGCCCAACAUGGACGACGUGUGGCUCCACAUCAUGCAUUCUGCCAUGGACCCGCGCUCCCACCCGCCCUCGUCCGAGUGCGACGCCGCCCUCCCCAGUGACCUGUGACCUGAGCGUGGGCGGCCCUCCAGUAUUCCGUGAGCUGUCCCCUGCGCGCACGCUCCAACUCUACACUACCGACCGCACCGUCAACGCCACAUUCCUAUGAAGGACAACCAUGACCUUGACCUUUUGACCUCUCAAAGAUAAAUAAAGAAGUAAAUACAUUUUAAAAAUAAAUACAUAACCUCUGAAGAUGAUGCCAUGAAGGAAACACUUCCACUUUUGCUGCUUGGAAAACUUUUUUUUAAAUUACCUCCAAAAUCGGGAGAAGUAGAAAACGCAUGGAGACCAAACAAGUUCAUCUGUGUGAUGGAGAGUUUUUAUGGAGAUGCCAUGAAUUAUGUCAUUAGACAGCCUGUAAGGGGGGGAGGGAGGGAGGGGAUUCCUGGAAAAGAGAGGGAUUAUGGGUAAUGAAAAACAUGCGGUGUCCACUGAGGGCAUGGCAUAUGGGUUAUUGCAUUCACCGGACACCUUACCUUCUGCCCGAGAGGAGAAAACUCGCCUUUAUCUCACGACUUGGGAGAAAGACGCACAUCUGGUGUAGGGAGAGAGAUGAAGACCAGAGAACCUGAGCUUGAAGUUUUACUUACGGGCUUAUAAAGCUACAAGUCUUGCAGCGGGGCAGUGCCCCAGAGUCUGUGUGAGAGACCAUAUAUUGUGUGUGUGUGUGUGUGUGUGUGUGUGUGUGUGUGUGUACCUAAUACGUACCUAAAACAAAAUGAAGUUUGAUUAGAUGUGUGGUGAAGAAUCUAUAGCACCACAUUCUGUCUUUGGUAUAUAAUUGACUGUUGAUGUCUAGCACCAUCUGUCAUAUCUGAGUGUGAGUGUGUGUGUGUAUAUGUGUGCAAAAGACUGCUUGUGUGCGUGUGUGUCUGCGUGUGCGUGUGUGUGUGUGUGUGUGUGUGUCUGCGUGUGUGUGUGUGCGUGUGUGUGUGUGUGUGUGUGUCUGCGUGUGUGUGUGCGUGCGUGCGUGUGUGUGUGUGUGCGUGUGUGUGUGUGUGUGUGUGUGCGUGCGUGUGUGUGUGUGUGUGUGCGCGCGCGCUACUAGACUGUGAUAUACGUCCCCACCCUCACGCUAACAUUGCUGCACCACUCUACUUCUACUCCACUACAAGCUCUGAGGAAAUGACCUCACAGAUCAUUUAACGUGUACAGUAUAAUGUAUGUUGCCAUUUACACACAAUCUGUUCGCUUGCCUUUCAAAAGCCAAAUUGCUGGACAUUUGUAGGGUAGGUCCAAUCUUUAGCUUUAUAUGUAUCUCUUAAAGUUGGUUUAAAAUCUUAGCGUUAAGUCGCUAAUUUUUUUUUAAUGCCUCAUAGCAUUUUAUGUUGGUGCACAUAAGCUCUUUGUACUGUUGCAAUCAUGCGAUGGCCUGCUUGUAUUGCUAGCUUUUGCUACAUAUCUUGUGUCAUGUGGUUGAUACAAACCUUGCAGUAAGCCAAGAGUUUUUCUUUCUGUUGGUCGUUUUUUUACAUGGCUACAUGGCACCGCAUUCCACCAACCCAACACAUUCCCACUAACACAUCACACACCCACGUAUACAAAUGAGCUAGACACUCACACACUCUCUCAAUGUCCUCGCCACCGCAUGGUUAUCACCACGGCAACCCAUCACCAAAGCCUUCCUAAGGUUCCAGUGGACCUACUGCCACAGAUAGGAGGGGGCACAACUGUAUAUUGUGGUGUGUUAUCUCAGAGUAAUGUUAAAGGACGUCACAGUUAAACAGUUAUACAGUAUAUCUGGGCCUAACACUUCCAAAUGAAUGUACUGAUGGCGUAUUCCUUAGAAUGGGGGUGUCUGUAUGGCAUUUGAAGUUUAUGCUAUGACAUUAUAGUAGUUACUAAUUUGAAUUAUGCUAAGUGUAUUCUUUCGGUUAAGAGAAAUAAAUAUUUGUUCUAUAUAAGUGAUUGAAAACACUAUUGAGAUAUUCACAUGGAAAUUUAAAUUAAUUAUUAUAUGAUUGUGAUUGAAGCCAUUAUUGCCUAUAUCCGGUAGAAUAUUCCUGUACUUAACAAAAAAUGCCUCUGACCUGAGUUCCUUAAUAUAAUGCUUUAUAAAUACCACUGCUGUUUUUCUAUUUUUUUUUUUUUUUUUUAAGUAAUCAUGGAAGCUGUCACUGUUUACUCUUCUUCUUGCAUUUAAUGACGUGUCAUGGAUGGUGUUUUGCGCUUAGCUGAUAACACCUUUAGAAAGAAGCCAAAUCUGGCUCCUUCCAUGCGUGUUGAAAGAGUUGCUGAUUGGAGUUCAGCUCUGAAACAAGUUCCUCUCACCCCGUGCAAGUCAAGAACACGAGACUAUCACACUCACUCGCUCCUUUUAAGCUGUUAAAUCGCUUGGUUGUGUUCUGUGAAGUGAAGGUUUCCCCACACUACCAAGUUUGGUUUUGUUUUCAUUUCAACAGACAGCAUAGACUGCACACUAGACGAUGAGGUCACACGUCCUACAUAAGGUUUGUUUACAUGGAGCGUCAUAGAAAUCUAAUAAUGUAGUGAAUCUGUCAUUUUGAACUGGACAUGUCCCAGGUUGACCUUUUUGCGCCUUAAAUUACUUGCUACUGGUACGAAUCAAAUUUCUAUUUUUGUUGGUUUUGUUUUGUGUGUUUAUUUUUGCUGGUGCUCUGAGCAAUGAUCAUCAGUGUACUAGACACACAAGAAGAGUUCUAUUAUUACAUGAAGAAUUAUUUGUGUCACAAGGUGACAUUAUGAAAAACAAAAACAAAAGUGGACUGAUCUGUUUAGAAAUGAUUCCGGAACUUUUAUAGAGCCAAAUAGAAACAGUUGCUGGUCAUGUGCCACAGUGGUGCGUGACUCCGGUCUGGUGAAGUCGUAGCAGUCUAGGGAAACUUCUAUGGAAUGAAUAUAUCUUUCUUCAUUCUCCUCAAGUGUUGCAAAUGUUUUUGUUUGCAGGCCUUGUCUGUACAGUUUAUUUUUUUAUUUUUUGCUUUGUCCUACCUUGUAUAAUGAUGGCUGCGAGGUGUUGGAAAAAAAUGGUAUUCUGCUGGCUUUGUAAUUAUAAUUCAUAAAGUGAUUUAAAUAAAGACUUUUCUUAUUGAACAAAUUA